AUGGGAGUCCAAGCAGACGCCGUGGACUUCCUGUCCCUGCGCCUCCCCAAGGUAGCAGCCCUCCAUGACCUUCCAUACGCGUGGACCAUAGCCAUUGGCGUGCUCGGAUAUCUGAUCCUCGUCCGAGCCUUGCGCUUCCGCGCGCUGCGCAAGCUGGAACGCGAGUAUGCCCCUCUCCUCAAGGAUCCCUAUGCCAUGGACUACAAGGCGGCACACAAGAUCAUGCACCUGUCCAUGCUCUACGACUGCCCUUUCAUCUUUGCAUUCAGCGGACAGUUCUCGCUCCUCAAGACAUUCGCCAUCGCCUCGGGCACCGAGCUGCUCGCAAAGACGCGUCAACUGAGCGCUUGCCCGAACGUGGGGCGACGCAUCAACGACACGGCCCUCAUCACGACCGAGUUUGUCGUCGGGUCCAUGGACAGCGAGCGCGGGUCGCGAGCCCUCGCCAAGAUGAACUGGAUACACCGGCAGUACGGAGACAAGAUCACGCAGCCCGAGAUGCUGCACACUCUCGGGGUCAACAUCAUGGAGGGCAUCCGCUGGGUCAACACGUACGAGUGGCGCAAGCUGACGUACCUGGAACAGGUCGCCAUGUUCGUCUACUGGAAGGAAGUCGGCAACCGCAUGGGCAUCAAGGACAUCCCGCCGACCCUCGAGAAGCUGGCCGAGUGGACCGAGAAAUACGAGCAGACGGCCAUGGUCUACUCGGACAACAACCGCAAAUGCGCCGACGUCUCGGUCGACUUUUUCCUCAAGCACGUCUCGCCCCCCUUGCGCGGCUUCUUCCGCAAAGUCAUGAUGGCCCUGCUGGAGGAGAGGACGCGCAACGCGUUGGGAUACCCCGCCGCCUCGCGCGCCAUCGAGAUCUUUGUCUACCGGUUCUUCCGGCUGCGCGCCUUUGUGGUGCGCAACUUGUUCCUCCCGCGCCUGCGACCGAUUGAUCCUCUGGCCAAGGCGGACAAGAAAUCCGGCCGUCUCCACCCGGUGAAACAGCAGAGCAUCGAGCCCUGGUACGUCAAGGACACGGUGUGGCACAAACUCUCGGCACGGCUGUCUGGUGGCUCUCAAUACGUCCCCGGCCCGAAAUUCAAGAGCGAGGGCUACCUGCCCGAGGAGCUGGGUCCUGCCAAGUUCGAGAAGAUGUCGCGGGAUGCCGUCCUGAAAGAGGCAGAGGCGAUGAGGUCGUACGCCGCCGAAGGGGGUGCCGCGAUCAUUGGCUGCCCUUUCCGAUUCAACUGA